CCGGCCCCCGGACCAUUGGUAACCUAGUAUAUAUAUAUAUAUAUAUAUGGAUCAUCUAAAGAAGGGGAGUCUUCGGGAUUUGAUCAAGAUGCCUUAUGAAGAGCAAGUGUCCAAGGUCGAGGCACCAGUUAGGAAUGCUGAUGGGCUAGAAAUGACAGUUCCGAAAGGAAGAAGCGGAGCAGAGCUUAGUGAGUCAUGGUGGGGCAGCUCGUUAGGAAGCGAGGCAUUUAUGUGGGUAGAAACGAGUUGGAAUGUGAGGGAGGAAUGGCGUGGUGUGAGAGUCACCAUCUACCUGGCUGCGAUUCUCUGGCGUGAUUAUGAAUCAAAUUUCGAUCAAGGGUUGGAAGACUAUCUGCUGUUACUCACAGGGAUGGCAGAAGUAAGGCUCAGAGUUUGGGAGAGGGAAGGUCCAUGGAUAGACACAAGAGAAGUUAUGAAGGAAAUCAAAAUGCUUCCGGCCAAAGAUUUUACUCUUCCGGUCCGUUACGUUAGAACCACGCUCCCGGAUUUUAUGGUCGAAGAGGUGUUUUUUGGUCAAGAAAGGUUAGAGAUGGUCACUAAAGCGGCACUGAGAGUACCUAAUAGGGGGUAUGAUUUUUUCACCCCUCACAUGAUUUACUACCUAUACCUAGAAAUGGACUCCGAACUCACCAACAGUGAUUUUAGCAACAUUCUGUCUAUCGUAAACGCGUAUGCUAGAGUUUAUUUCAUGGAAGAGCGAUUUGGUUACUGGGAGAAAUUGAAGGAGGAAGUGCGGUCUGGAAUCUACAUGGAUGACAUUCCCAUCAUGUUUGGGUUAGUCUACAACUUCUGGUCUGAGGACUGGGUGACGGUAGAAGAAAUGGAAGAGGAAGAGAGGGUUUAUAUUCUAAAAGGAUAUGAGGCGAUGGAAUUAACGCGGGGAGGUGCGCCUGGGAAAAAAACAUCCUGGGAGACAAUAAAAAGAAAUUUGGCAUCCGAUGACUUGGACCAAGUGUUUCAUCAUCAGGUGAAAAUGGAAAAAAGGAAAAGGAAGGAGGUGAGUGCAAUUCAGGGGGCGGAUUUAGCCUUAGGAGGGGUCUUGAGUAGUAUGGCGGCUCAACUCAAGGAGAUGAAGGAGCAAAUGGCGCCAGGGAAGGUGAUGGCGGUUGGUCAAGCAACAAACAAAAAGAGGUAUGGAGAAGAAGAUGAAGGAGAUAAGGAAGAAGAGGAAGAAGAGCCGGAACAAACCACCAAGGCUAAAACGACCCAGAAAAAGAUCAAGAAUCAAUCAACGGGGAAACAAGGAACUGGCAAGGGGCAGAAUCCUCAACACGCUGGGACGUCAGAAGCACAGACUCCCGCAACCCAUCUCACACCAUGGCCGGUUGUGGCUCCUAUGGGGAACAAGAACAGAGCAGAUGGAUUGAGCAGGAUAGAAUGGGAGAAACCUGAAGAAGCUAAGGAAGAGACACCGCCAGUAGAUAGGUUCUUGGAAGAGGAUGACAUGCAACUUCACGUCAAUGCGUGGGCCUUGAGAGUCGAGGAUGAUGGGGUGCGAGAGGAAAGACUUAUGUGGUUUGCAACAACGACCUUUGUGAAGGAUGAAAGGCUUAAUCCUGUAAAAGGAGCGACGAUGACAUGGAAGGGAGGGGUAGCGGGGCCUUCCAGGUCAGCUUCUGGUAAGGAACGGCGACAGGGAUUACGGCGAUUAACCAGGGACGCAGAUGGAAUGCCGAUCUACAAGAAGGGGGACAAUUUGAGGUUGUUCCUAAGAGAGUUCGAGGACUACGCAUUCAAGAGAGAGUGGGACACCCCGACCAUGUUGAUGAAGGUGAAUGGUGUGGGGGAGUGUCAGUUAAAGGUUGAGGAAAUUACCACCGACUGCCUAGGAUGGAUGACUUUCAAGACAGAGAUGUGGGUUGAGUAUGGGGACUUGAGGAGAGACGAGAUCGAGGAUGAUAUCAUCUUUGAUGGAACGAAUGUGGAGAACUUUGAGGACAGCCUCCCUCUGUGUGCUGAAAAGAAAGGGUGGAAGGAAGAGGAAAAGUUGGAGCAGGUGAUGGCGAGAGUGGACCCGAGGGAAUAUGAGAGUAUGAGGAAGAUCAAGGAGGAGUCAGAUACCUGGGGUGGGUUUCUUGUCAAGUUUAGAAGAACCUACACUCUGGCCGUGCUUGACAAAAAGAGGACAACAAUUCAGAAGGGAGAUGGAUCAGCGAGAAGGACCGCAAGAGUUCAAGAAAAGAGAAGAGGCAGGAAAAAGAAGCAAAGCAAGGAAGAAGAAGAGGGAGAGAGGGAACAUGACAUGAUGAGAGAAGAAGAAGGGAAGAAGGAAGUGGAGGGGGUAGCAAGAGCAAAAGAGGGCACAAAAGAGAAGAAGGAGAGGGAAGAAGAAGGAGAGAAGGGAUCGAAUAUGAUGAGUGGAAAAGAAGGGAAGAAGGAAGUGGAGGAGGUAUCAGAGGAGAAAAGAGGCGCGAAGGAGAAUGAAGAAAAGGAAGAGGAAAGGAAUCAGACAGAAAAACAGACUGAAAUGACAGCCUUUGAGAAUCCUCUCAGGGAACAAGGAUCAAAGAGAAUGACCAAGGAAGAGAGGGAAAAGAGAGAGGAAGAAAAUAAAGAAUGGAGGAACAGAAUGGUUGCAUCAAUGAAGGAAGGUGAAUUAUCUGCAGAUGCCCCUUGGAGUGAGAAAAUUGAGAGGAUCUUGUUGAUCGAAUCAAUCAGGGGCUCUAAGCUACGGUCAGACCUUGACAAGCUGAUCCGGCUGCAUGAGUUGCUUCGGGAUGACUGUGAGUGGCUCCUUGAGAGGGGAGCCGAGAUAGUUGAGAAAUUGGAAGGAGCAGGAAGGAGCCAGAGAGGGAAUGACAAGGAUGGAAAGAUGGAGGCCUCGAUGAGAGAAUUCCAAGAAAGGGUAAAAGAGAAGGAAAAAUUGUUCACUCAGGGGGUAGCAAGUCACAUCCCUGAAAUUCUGAAAGAGAUCCAGAGAUUGAGAAAAAAGGAAGAAGGCAGGGAUGCACAGGUGGAGAAGAUAGGAAAAGAAGUGGAAAGCAUGAGGGCUUAAAUGAGCAAGGUAAGGGAAGAACAGCAAGAGCUUAAGAAGC